AUGGCGGCCACGGUGCUGUGGAGGAGGGCUUGGGCCAGCGGGAAAGCCGAGCUGGUGGCCAAACGGAGCUGGUGGGGACGCCUCAGAGGCAGCCGGGUGGGUGUGUGGUGCCGGGACCUGCUGCUGGACUACGCCGAGGCCUGUCGGGACAUGGCGAAGGCGGCGAGGGAGCGGCCCGGGCGGGCAGGGGUGUAUGCCACCCUGGUGGGCGGCGCCGCCCUCUGUUCCCUGCAGGCCCCCAGCGAAUCGUCCUUCGAGGUGGCCCUGCUGGAUGCGUCGGGCACCCUUCUCGUGCUGUCCCCGAUGACCCGCAACAAGGCGGCCGAGGACCACGUGCAGCGGCUGCUGUGGCUGCGGAACCGCGGCCAGUGGCGUUACCUCAACCUGGUCUUCUGCUCCCUGCUGUACGAGGCCCCGUUCGCCCGGGAGGCCCAACUCUACCAGGCCCAGUGUGACCACCUGGCACCCAGGUGGCUGGAGUUCCCCGGCCGCCUUCUGGACGUGGGCUUUCUGGGCCGCUGGUGGACUCUGGACGCCAAGAUGAAGGACUUCGACAUCAACGAGGAGGAGUUCCGGCAUCUGCCCGCUCACCUCAGGGAAAUCAGCCCCCGGCAGCUGCGGGCCGAGGCGAACGAGAGACUGUACGACGAGAAGUACAAGCCCGUGAUCCUCACGGACGAUCAGAUCAGCCAGGCGCUGUGGGAGGAUCGGGUCUCGCGGAAGAAGUAAAAAGCCAGAGGGAGGAGGAGGAGGAGGAACGAAACCCGCCGUCUACAAGGUCCACCCCGCUGGGAUCAGGCGGGGGUCGGAAACCAGAAUCCCUUCCCCUGCAAAGGAAAAGAAAGCGCAAAUUCUCCAUCGGCGCCCUUCAGACCAAAUCUUUGCAAAUUCAGUGGUGUGUCCGUAGUGUGCUGUGUCCUUGGGAGAGAUCCACUGAAAUAAACUUCAUGGGUCGUUA